AUUUCAAUCAAUUUGUGUUUCAUUUGCUCUUUGAUUGUCAUUUGAUUGGUUUGAUUGGAUUGACUGGAAGUGGUGACCAUCGCAGACAUGCUGGUCAUCGACGGCGGUAUCCUUGAGGGCGGCGGACAAGUGGUGCGAAUGGCAAUGAGUUUGAGUGCAUUACUCCGCAAAGACAUCGAAAUCUCGGACAUACGAAGCCGUCGAUCAAAACCAGGUCUAAAGGCCCAGCAUUUGGUUGGUUUGCAUCUGAUUCGGGACAUGACUUGUGGUCAGCUCACUGGCGACCACUUCUCCUCCACAGACAUCACGUUUAGACCAAAUGAACUCAUUUCCGGCAACUUCUUCGGCGACACCAAAACUGCCGGAAGUGUGACUCUGUUGUUGCAAACAUCACUUCCAUGUCUUCUGUACGGCAGUUGUCUGUCAUAUCUUCGUCUGAAGGGCGGAACCAAUGCAGAAAUGGCGCCACAAAUCGAUUACACCAUAAAUGUUUUAAAACCUAUUUUAGAGAGAUUUGGCGUUUCUUUUGAUUGCGAAGUCAUUCGUCGCGGAUAUUAUCCUAAAGGCGGCGGAGAAGUGGUCUUCAAAGUGGAUCCGAUUCGUGAGAUCAGAAGCGUUCAAAUGACAGAAUUCGGGGAAUUGACGAAAAUCAGUGGAUAUUCUUUUGUGGCCGGCGUUCUGCCCAUCAAAAUGUCUCACUCUAUGGCCGAUUCAGCCAUUAAUCUGCUUCGGGAGGCCUUUCCUGGAGUUCCCAUCGAUAUUAAGAGAGUUCAUGAAAAUAGGGACAAAGCUUUUGGUAAUGGAUCCGGAAUUGUAUUAAUCGCCGAAUCGUCGAAUGGGUGUCGUGUAUGUGGAUCCGCUUUAGGCAAACAGUCGGUCAGUACGGAAUCGGUCGGUGAGAGCGCUGCCAAAGACCUCAUAGAAGACAUGAGUUGUGGUGCAGUUGUCGACCGGUACCUUCAGGAUCAGGUGAUCAUUCAUUGCAACCAUUAA